AUGGUUCGAUAUCCCGCCGGAGCUGCCCUGCUCCUCGUUCUUCUUUCGAUCGUCGCCGUAUCUGGAGCUCGUAAUGGCUACCUGAAACUACCGUCGGAAGUUUCCGAGUUCUUCCGUCCUAAGGAGACGACCGACGGCGAUGACUCCGUCGGAACUAGAUGGGCUGUCCUCCUUGCCGGAUCGAGCGGUUAUUGGAAUUACCGGCAUCAGGCCGAUGUCUGUCAUGCAUAUCAAAUACUGAAAAGAGGAGGUCUUAAAGACGAAAACAUUGUGGUGUUUAUGUAUGAUGACAUUGCCUACAAUGAAGAGAACCCUAGGCCUGGAGUUAUCAUCAACAGCCCACAUGGCAGUGAUGUUUAUGCAGGAGUGCCGAAGGAUUAUACAGGAGAUGAGGUUAAUGCUAAGAACUUUUUAGCAGCUAUCCUUGGAGACAAAUCAGCUAUAACAGGGGGUAGUGGCAAGGUGGUUGAUAGUGGUCCAAAUGAUCACAUAUUUAUCUACUAUACAGAUCAUGGUGGUCCUGGGGUUCUUGGAAUGCCUGCGGGUCCUUACCUCUAUGCGGAUGAGCUGAAUGACGCCUUGAAGAAAAAACAUGCUUCUGGGACAUAUAAGAGCUUGGUGUUUUACCUGGAAGCUUGCGAGUCAGGUAGCAUCUUUGAGGGACUACUUCCUGAAGGUAUCAAUAUCUAUGCUACAACAGCCUCAAACGCAGAGGAAAGCAGUUGGGGUACCUAUUGCCCGGGAGAGUACCCUAGUCCUCCCCCAGAAUAUGAGACUUGCUUGGGUGACUUAUAUAGUGUUGCUUGGAUGGAAGACAGUGAGGUACACAAUUUGCGGUCUGAAACUUUGAGGCAGCAGUAUCACCUGGUUAAAACGAGAACCUCAAACGGUAAUUCAGCUUAUGGUUCCCACGUCAUGCAAUAUGGUGACUUGAAGCAGAGUGUGGACAAUCUUUUCCUGUACAUGGGUACUAACCCUGCGAAUGAUAAUUACACUUUUGUGGAUGACAAUGCUCUUCGUCCACCUUCAAAAGCUGUUAAUCAGCGUGAUGCUGAUUUAGUGCAUUUCUGGGACAAGUUCCGUAAGGCUCCUGAAGGCUCAGCGAGGAAAGAAGAAGCUCGUCAACAGGUCUUUGAAGCCAUGUCCCACAGAAUGCACAUUGACAGCAGCAUAAAAUUAGUUGGAAAGCUUCUCUUCGGUAUUGAGAAAGGCCGUGAAAUUCUUAAUGCUGUCCGGCCAGCCGGUCAGCCUCUUGCUGAUGACUGGGGCUGCCUCAAAUCUUUGGUCAGAACAUUUGAGACACAUUGUGGCUCGUUGUCGCAGUACGGAAUGAAACACAUGCGGACCGUUGCUAAUAUCUGCAAUGCUGGAAUCACGAAGGAACAGAUGGCGGAGGCAGCAGCGCAGGCCUGCGCCAGUAGAUUGAAGAUUGACGGAGCGGAAGGUUUCCUUCGUGAUUUGGGAAGCAUUUUCUGCAUUCAUAUUCCACAGUACUCGGAUGUGAAUUUGACUUUCUUCUCUGUCUUUCUCAGAUACAUUGUGAAUUUGGAGUGGAUUUGGUUUGGCUCUCAUAUUCUCCUUUGUGGGUCUGAUCGUAACAAUUUGACAGACAAGCCGUUUUGGUUGAAUUUGAAGAAAAAUCAAAUUGAUUCAGAUUGUCCCAGAAGCCUCGAUUACAGAGUUGAAGAUUUCUGUAUCCCAGCCACAGCUAAUCCAACUGGUGAUGGACAGGUGUGGGAAGGCAGAGGCGGAGAUAAAACUUCCAAAAGAAAAGGAAGAGAGACAAUGGAGAGAAAUUCGAAUUAUUCAAAUCAUAGUAUCAGAGAAAGAGGAACAGGAAACGGGUUGGUAUCAAGAUCCGGAAAUGAUAACAAUACCGAGACGAAAACGAGGUCGCCGUCGGACUUGUUGUUGCAGUGGGGAAACCGGAAAAGGUCGCGUUGUAUGAAGUUUCUGGUCAAGGACCGGGACACCACCGCCGCCGCCGCCGCCGUCACCAACCUUAAUAAUAAUAAUAAUAAUUCCAGCAACCAGGAUCCGAAACCUUCCGGGUCAGAGCUGCCGCAGCCGGCGCAACGAACGAAUGUUCGGGUCGAUCGGAGGUCGUCGGAUCGGAUUAAGGAGUCAGCGGCUCAGCCCAAUUAUAGUAAUGGCAACGGCGUUAAUAAUGUUAUUAGUAAUAACGGUUCUUUGAAUCUCCGUCAGCGUCCGGCGUCGCCGUCACCCCGAAUUCUCAGGAAUUCUGAGAGUUCAGCUGCGAUGAGGGGUCAAAGCAACGGUAUCAGGGGGUUGGCUUCGCCUGACAGAGGAGGAGGAGGAGGAGGAGGAGAUAGGAAAGGUAACCACGGUGGUGGGCACAGUAAUGGCGGUGUUAAGAACCACCACAACAUUAAUCAUGAUCAUAGCAAUCAUCCUAGCAAUGGUAACGUCAAUGGGUCCUCAUCCUCGGAUAGCAAGAAGGGGGGAGGGACUUCUUCGGGGAGUGACGCGAUGCCGGCAGUUUGGCCUCCGCGGUUUGCAAUUGGUUUGACUACUAAAGAGAAAGAAGAAGAUUUUCUGGCCAUCAAAGACAUGAAACAACCUCCUGGUUUUUCUCUUUAG